AAAAAAAUAAUAGUGAAUUAUUUGUUCUUCCUUUGGAUAAUUUCCCAUCAAGAAACUCAUCUAUGAGCCGUUCAUCUCGUUUCUAUUACAGAAGAACCACUGAAGGGGUUCCAUUUCAGUGGGAGAUGCAACCGGGUACUCCCAAGAAUACUCCGCCGCUCACGGAUGUGGUUCCGCCGCCUAUCAGCCCUCCGCCGGCGAUGCUCAGCCUUAGUUUGUCGAAGCCGGGCAGGGCGGUUCAGAAUAAACAACCGUUGUUUGUGUUAUUUGGGCCGUGGUGGAAGCAGUUCAAGCCAAAGAAGAAUCCUUGUCCGUUGGAUCAUAACAAUGACAAGGAGCGGCUCAGAUUUGACUCUUGUGGGUCCCACUGUGAAUUUAUGGAAGAAUCUUCAUGCAAAGCAAAAUCUCUACAGGCGGCGGAAUCUUCCGGUCACUGGCGGGUUGGAUGCGGUCCAUGGAGGAUCAACCCGAUUAAAAUUGCUACAGGAAGACGAGUUUAAUUUCGUAAUAUUCUCUCCUUUGUUUGUUGGUAGGUUUUGUAAAUAAAUAAAUAAAUAUUUUUGUUUUUUCAGUUUUUUAUUUACGACUAUUGAUAAUAAGGAGCUUCUACUUUUUUUUU